AUGCAGUACGUAGGCAGAGCUAUCGGGUCUGUUUCUAAGACAUGGUCGUCCAUCAAUCCAGCCACGCUGUCGGGCGCUAUAGAUGUUGUUGUGGUGGAGCAUCCCGAUGGGAGGCUAUCGUGCUCUCCCUUCCAUGUCAGGUUUGGCAAAUUCCAGAUUUUAAAGCCAUCACAAAAGAAAGUCCAGGUAUUUAUAAACGAGAAGCUGAGCAAUAUGCCAAUGAAGCUGAGUGACUCUGGGGAGGCCUACUUCGUUUUCGAAAUGGGUGACCAAGUCAGAGACGUCCCUGAGGAGUUACUCGUGUCGCCUGUGAUGAGCGCAACUUCAAGUCCCCCCCAAUCACCUGAAACAUCCAUGAUGGAAGCAGGGACCGAAUGUGACGGUGAGGGAGAAGGUGAAGAUAAGAAGCAGGAAAAGAAAGUCUUAGAAGAGCCUGAUUUCCUGGAUAUUAAUGAAACGGGUAAAUCAACUGUUAAAAACGACGAAACCACAGCGUCUGAAUCUCUUACUGGAUCCUCCGCGACAACGUCACCAGAUUUGACUGAAGAGAGGAAGCUUGCUGAGCAGCGAACAAAGAAUUUCCAGCAGAAAUUGAACAAGAGACUCACUGAGAUUCAUAUUCCGAGUAAACUUGACAACAACGGCGAUUUACUACUAGACACUGAAGGUUAUAAACCAAACAAAAAUACAAUGCACGACACGGAUAUACAACUGAGGCAAUUGUUGAAGGACGAAUUUGGUAACGACUCGGAUAUUUCCAAUUUUAUCAAAGAAGACAAAAAUGGUAAUAUUAAGAUUGUUAACCCUUAUGAGCACCUCACCGACCUAUCACCUCCAGGUUCACCCCCGACGAUGGCGACAAGCGGAUCAGUCCUAGGACUGGAUGCAGUAGAAUCUGGAACGACCUUGAACUCAUCAUUCUCCUCGCCAUCAACUUCCGAUACGGAAAGCGAAACGUCAUUUAGCAAGGAACAAAGUAGUGCCAGUGAAGGCGCCAACGAGAAAAGUUCUGACAAGUCAGAAAAGAGGUACAUACGAACCAUAAGAUUGACUAAUGAUCAACUGAAGUGCUUGAAUCUAACCUAUGGUGAAAAUGACUUGAAGUUUUCAGUGGACCACGGGAAAGCCAUUGUCACUUCAAAAUUAUUUGUUUGGAGAUGGGAUGUUCCAAUUGUCAUCAGUGACAUUGACGGCACCAUAACAAAAUCCGAUGCCCUAGGUCAUGUCUUGGCUAUGAUAGGGAAAGAUUGGACGCAUUUGGGAGUGGCCAAGUUAUUUAGCGAGAUUUCUCGGAAUGGCUACAAUAUACUUUAUCUAACAGCAAGAAGUGCCGGACAAGCUGACUCAACGAGAAGUUAUUUAAGAUCAAUUUUGCAGAAUGGCAGCAAACUGCCCAACGGACCUGUCAUUUUGUCACCAGAUAGAACAAUGGCCGCGUUAAGGCGGGAAGUGAUAUUGAAGAAACCAGAAGUCUUCAAAAUUGCAUGCUUAAAUGAUAUCAGGUCGUUAUAUUUUGAAGACAGCGAUAAUGAUAUGGACACUGAGGAAAGAUCAACACCAUUUUUUGCCGGCUUUGGUAAUAAAAUUACCGAUGCUCUAUCCUAUAGAACAGUAGGUAUACCAAGUUCAAGGAUUUUCACAAUUAAUACGGAAGGCGAAGUCCAUAUGGAGUUGUUAGAACUAGCUGGUUAUAGAAGUUCUUAUAUACACAUCAAUGAACUUGUUGAUCAUUUUUUUCCGCCAGUUAGUCUUGACAACGAAGACUUAAGAAGUAAUACUUCCAUGGUUCCUGGAUCUCCACCUAAUAAAACGCUGGAUAAUGCAGAUGCAGAAAAUACUUCAGGUCACAAAACUUUGUUCAGAGGUAACCAAGAAGAGAAAUUUACAGACGUCAAUUUUUGGAGAGACCCGUUAGUUGACAUCGAUAACUUAUCGGAUAUCAGCAAAGGCGACGAUGAAAGUACUGAUCAAGAUACUGAUAUAUCACGACAAGGCAGUGGUAGUAGAAGUAGGACAAAUUCAGCCAAAACCAUGAAGGCCAGUAACGUUCCCCAGGUACAUGUCAGCAGCACAAACAGCAAUGAAGCCUUAGCUGCUUCGUCUUAUGUAGAAAAUGCCUCGUCUCAUGAUGCCUCUAAAAGUAGCCCAACGUCGACGCCCAAUAAAUCCUCAAAAUUCAAAGAGGAUAUAGGGAAGCAAAUGUAUCUUGAAUUAGGCUCACCUCUUGCGUCACCAAAAAUGAAGUACCUGGACGAUAUGGACGAUAAUGAGUACAACGAGAGCAGAUUCAAAUCAAGGAGGGCAUCUUCGGCCACAGCAACGAGUAUUGGCAAAGAGUUCAAGAAGUUAUCAAUGUCCAGAGCCGGUUCCCCAACAAGCAGCGUUUCAAAAGUCAGCGUUCUAGACGACGUACACUCACGCGAAAAUUCAGACACCGAGUCAGGGAUGGAGCCAGGUGAUGAUAAUUCGAAACGUAAACAAUUGCAACACACUUCUGCGGACGAUAACGACAACGACUUGGAUGCAAGAGUAAGCGAUGAGUUUGACGACGAUGAAUUCGAUGAGGAUGAAUUCGAAGAUUAG